AUGAUUUUAGCUACUAUUAUAGCGAACUGCAUUGUUUUGGCGAUGGAGCAGCAUCUGCCAGAGGGAGACAAGACUCCGAUGUCCGAGCGCCUGGAUGACACAGAACCUUACUUCAUUGGAAUAUUCUGCUUUGAAACGGGAAUUAAGAUCAUUGCCUUGGGGUUUGCAUUUCAUAAAGGAUCCUAUCUACGCAAUGGCUGGAACAUCAUGGACUUUGUGGUUGUUCUCACCGGAAUUAUUGCAUCUACUGGGCAAGAGUUCGAUCUUCGGACCCUCAGGGCUGUUCGUGUGCUCAGACCCCUGAAGCUGGUGUCUGGAAUUCCAAGUUUACAAGUGGUCCUGAAGUCUAUUAUGAAAGCCAUGAUUCCUCUGCUCCAGAUUGGGUUGCUACUCUUUUUUGCUAUUCUCAUCUUUGCUAUCAUUGGACUUGACUUCUACAUAGGAAAAUUCCACAAUUCUUGCUAUGAACCUUAUGGAGAUGAGAUACAAGUGGAAGGCCUCUGCGGCAAUGAUUCGUCAUCACGGAGGUGCCCUGAUGGCACAGUAUGCUACGCCAAAUGGGAGGGACCCAAUAAUGGCAUUACUCAGUUUGAUAACAUCCUGUUUGCAGUGCUCACGGUAUUUCAGUGUAUAACUAUGGAGGGCUGGACAGACAUUUUGUACCAUAGUAAUGAUGUGUUUGGCAGCACGUGGAACUGGCUUUACUUCAUCCCCCUUAUUAUCAUCGGCUCCUUCUUCAUGCUUAACCUUGUUUUGGGCGUCCUUUCAGGAGAGUUUGCCAAAGAGAGGGAGCGAGUAGAAAACCGUAGAGCAUUCAUGAAGCUGAGGAGACAGCAGCAGAUAGAAAGGGAAUUGAAUGGCUACAUGGAGUGGAUUUCCAAAGCAGAGGAGGUAAUUCUGGCUGAAGACGACAGUGAUGUGGAGAGACUGCCUUAUGAUGGAGCACUGCGUAGACCCACAAUCAAGAAAAAUAAAACCGAACUACUGAAUGCUGAUGAAGGAGAGGAGGCUAUCGGAGAUAUUGCUUCUGUGGGCUCUCCUUUUGCCCGUGCCAGUAUUAAAAGUGCCAAGCUGGAAAAUUCCUCAUACCUACACAAGAAGGAACGACGCUUACGUUUCUACGUCCGGCGUAUGGUGAAGACACAGACCUUCUACUGGAUGGUUCUAGGCCUCGUGGCACUGAACACGCUGUGCGUGGCAAUUGUGCGCUAUAACCAGGAAGAAUGGCUAACUGAUUUUCUCUACUAUGCAGAAUUCAUUUUCCUUGGGCUCUUUAUGUCCGAAAUGUUUAUAAAAAUGUACGGUCUUGGAACCAGGCCUUAUUUUCAUUCAUCCUUUAACUGCUUUGACUGUGCCGUUAUCACUGGGAGCAUCUUUGAGGUCAUAUGGGCAAUGGUGAAGCCUGGAACCUCCUUUGGGAUCAGCGUCUUAAGAGCCCUCCGCCUGCUGCGCAUAUUCAAGGUUACUAAAUAUUGGGCCUCUCUCCGUAACCUGGUAAUCUCAUUGCUCAGCUCAAUGAAGUCCAUCAUCAGUUUGCUGUUCCUGCUCUUCCUUUUCAUUGUGGUCUUUGCCUUACUGGGGAUGCAGCUGUUUGGUGGACAGUUUAAUUUUAAUGAUAAAACACCAUCUACCAACUUUGAUAAUUUUCCUGCAGCAAUAAUGACUGUCUUUCAGAUAUUGACUGGAGAAGACUGGAACGCAGUAAUGUAUGAUGGCAUCAAGUCUCAGGGAGGUGUCAAAUCUGGCAUGGUGUCCUCCGUCUAUUUUAUCAUCCUCACCCUUUUUGGAAACUACACACUGCUGAAUGUCUUCUUAGCUAUCGCUGUGGACAAUCUUGCAAACGCUCAGGAGCUGACCAAGGACGAGCAGGAGGAAGAGGAGGCAGCUAAUCAGAAACUGGCAAUGCAGAAAGCAAAGGAAGUUGCAGAUGUCAGUCCCCUGUCAGCCACCAAAAUGUCUAUUGCAGCGAAAGAACAGCAGAAAAACCAGAAGACCGCUAUGUCUGUUUGGGAGCAACGUACUAAUGAGAUGCGUCGACAGAACUUGAUGAAUAGCCAUGAAGCCCUGUACAGUGAAAUGGAUCCUGAGGAGCGCUGGAAGUUGUCCUUCCUACGUCCAGAUGUCAAGACACAUUUGGACCGACCACUUGUUGUGGAUCCCCAAGAAAAUCGAAACAACAACACCAACAAAAGUCGUCCAGGAGAAAGUAAGACACCAAUAGAACAACGUCUGUCUCACCAGCGGGCAGAAGACUAUCUGCGUAAACAAGCACGGUUUCAAGAGCGGGCAAGCCGAGCAUAUGACAUAGGACAGGAACAAGGCCGUAGGCCAAGGAGUAAAGAGCAGGAUAUCAGUCGUGAUAGUCAGGAUUUGGGGCUUCAGGAGAGGACAGGAGAAGUUGAUGGAAUGGUACGUCCGCCACAGGAUCCACCCAGGAGACAUCGGGGUGGUGGAAGCAAGGAGAGCAGGAGCGGUUCACCUCUGCCACGUGGGGACGGAGAUCACCGUAGACAUAGGGUACAUCGUAGAACUGGGGAAGACCCAGAGUAUUUAGCGGGCAGUGGUGGAAGGGGAGGAGCAGGCGGAGGAGAAAGAAGAAUGCGACAUGUGAGGGAAGGGGGCAGAACACGGGAAGCUGGAGGUGGAGGAGGAGAAAGCGAAGGGCCCGAUGGUGAGAGGAGAAGGAGGCAUCGGCAUACUGCACAGUCCACCUAUGAAAACGAUGUGAAGAGAGACGACAGAGAGAGGAGGCAUCGGAGACGAAAGGACCCAACAGCUCCUGUUCCCAGCUCAGGUCCAAAUCUUUCCACCACCCGUCCAAUUCAAGAUCGCUCCCGCCAGGAAAACCAAAACCAACAGCCUGAAAAUAUGGAUAACAUCCGUAACAACAAGCUGGCGACUACUGAACCGCCGGCAGUGGGAAUCGGAGGAGGCCUCAAUCACAGCCCAGCCAAAAUGGGCAAUCACACCAACUGUGCAAACAACAACAGUGCUCCUACUAUGAAUUAUGUGCCAAAAAGGACACCUCUCCCCACUAACUCUGGCCCUCCCCCCACCGCACCUGAUUCCAGCCAGACACUCAGUAACCCCACUGAGACCGCCAAGGGGACUAAAGCUACAGAGCAGACUACAGUGAAUAUACCACUGCCAUUUCCUCCACCAGUAGAGAACGCUGUGGGACAGGUGAACAAGACGGUGGCCGUGUCUCCUCUACCUCAGAAAGAGGACGAGAAAAAAGAGGAGGAAGAAGAGGAUGAAGAUGAGGGGAAGGGGCCUAAACCAAUGCCUCCGUACAGCUCCAUGUUUAUUUUAUCCACCACGAACCCUAUCCGUCGCCUGUGUCACUACAUUGUCACCCUGCGAUACUUUGAGAUGUGCAUCCUGUUAGUCAUCGCCAUGAGCAGCAUAGCCCUCGCUGCAGAGGACCCUGUGUAUCCCGAGGCCACGCGAAACAAUGUACUACGCUAUUUUGACUAUGUCUUCACGGGUGUCUUCACCUUUGAAAUGGUUAUAAAGAUGGUGGAUCUGGGCCUCAUUCUGCACCAGGGAUCGUACUUCAGAGAUCUGUGGAAUAUUCUUGAUUUUAUCGUCGUUUGUGGUGCUCUUGUGGCAUUUGCGUUCUCGAGUAACCAGCGAGGCGGGAGUAAAGGAAAGGACAUCAGCACCAUCAAAUCUCUGCGUGUUCUUCGUGUCUUGAGGCCUCUGAAAACCAUUAAGCGACUGCCCAAACUAAAGGCUGUGUUCGACUGUGUGGUGAACUCCCUGAAGAAUGUCCUGAACAUCCUCAUUGUCUACAUGCUCUUCAUGUUUAUCUUCGCUGUGGUGGCGGUCCAGCUUUUCAAGGGGAAGUUUUUCUACUGUACAGAUGAAUCAAAAGAGUUUCAGAGAGACUGCAGAGGAGAGUAUCUGGUAUAUGAUAAGAAUGAAGUCAAAGCACAGAGGCGCGAAUGGAAGAAAUGGGCGUUCCACUAUGACAAUGUCCUGUGGGCCUUGCUCACCCUCUUCACCGUGUCCACAGGAGAGGGCUGGCCAGAUGUCCUCAGGCACUCAGUCGAUGCCACCUACGAAGACCAAGGACCCAGGCCUGGAUUCCGCAUGGAGAUGUCCAUCUUUUAUGUCGUAUAUUUUGUGGUUUUCCCUUUUUUCUUUGUCAACAUUUUCGUAGCCUUGAUAAUCAUUACUUUCCAGGAGCAGGGGGAUAAAAUGAUGGAGGAGUACAGUCUGGAAAAGAAUGAGAGAGCAUGUAUUGAUUUUGCUAUCAGUGCCAAGCCACUUACCCGCCAUAUGCCACAAAACAAGCAAAGCUUUCAGUAUCGAAUGUGGCAGUUUGUGGUGUCUCCCCCUUUUGAGUAUACGAUUAUGGCUCUAAUCGCCCUAAACACCAUUGUGCUGAUGAUGAAGUUUCACGGAUAUACCAAUACAUAUGAUCAAGUUCUGAAAGCAUUCAAUAUCGUCUUCACCUCUCUCUUCUCUCUGGAAUGUCUACUGAAGAUCAUUGCUUUUGGAGUUCUGAACUAUUUCCGGGAUGCUUGGAACGUAUUUGAUUUUGUGACGGUUCUUGGAAGCAUUACAGAUAUCGUGGUUACAGAGUUCUGGGACAACUUUAUCAACCUCAGCUUUCUGCGCUUGUUCCGAGCUGCCCGUCUUAUUAAACUUCUGCGCCAAGGCUACACUAUCCGAAUCCUCCUGUGGACUUUCGUCCAGUCCUUUAAGGCACUGCCCUACGUCUGCCUCCUGAUCGCCAUGCUGUUCUUUAUCUAUGCCAUCAUCGGCAUGCAGGUCUUUGGUAACAUAGCCCUGGAAGAAGAUGAGGACACAGCUAUAACAGAACACAACAACUUUCGUACAUUUUUCCAAGCUCUCAUGCUCCUUUUUCGGAGUGCCACCGGCGAAGCAUGGCAUGAAAUCAUGCUGUCCUGCUUGAGUGGAAAGCCCUGCGACAUUCAGUCAGGAAUAAAGGAGAAGGACUGUGGGAGCGAGUUUGCCUAUUUCUACUUUGUGUCUUUCAUCUUCCUUUGCUCCUUUCUGAUGUUAAACCUGUUUGUGGCUGUCAUUAUGGAUAACUUUGAAUAUCUAACCCGCGAUUCCUCCAUUCUGGGUCCACAUCAUCUAGAUGAAUAUGUGAGAAUCUGGGCAGAGUAUGACCCGGCUGCCUGGGGUCGCAUGAAAUACACAGACUUGUAUGAGAUGCUCAGACUAAUCUCGCCUCCCUUGGGUCUGGGGAAGAAAUGCCCUGCUCGAGUUGCUUAUAAGAGGCUUCUUCGAAUGGACCUUCCUGUGGCCGAUGAUAACACUGUUCACUUUAACUCGACCCUCAUGGCUCUGAUACGUACAGCGUUGGAUAUCAAAAUUGCAAAAGGUGGUGCCGACAAGCAGCAAAUGGACAAGGAACUCAGAAAGGAGAUGAUGGCCAUUUGGCCCAAUCUCUCUCAUAAAACACUGGACCUGUUGGUGACACCACAUAAAUCUACUGACCUCACCGUGGGCAAGAUUUAUGCGGCCAUGAUGAUUAUGGAGUAUUACAGACAGAGCAAGGCGAAGCGACUGCAGGCCCUUCAAGAGGAACAGAACCGGACACCUUUAAUGUUCCAAAGAAUGGAGCCUCCAUCGCCCACACAUGAUGGUCCUGUGGGGCUAAACGCUCUAAUGUCCUCUCAGAAUGAACCAGGGGGAGAAAUGGGUAUACCUGAAGGCGGCAUGAAGGAAAGUCAGUCGUGGAUGACGCAGAGAGCCCAACAGAUGUUUCAGAAGACAGGGACCUGGAGUCCAGAGAGGGUGCGAGCCCAGGAGAACACCAACAGCUGGCCGAAUUCACAGGUCUGGAUAGAAAUGACGGAGAUAAAUCGGGAGGGUUACUCUGACAGUGAGCAGUACCUUGUGAUGGAAGGACAUGGGAGGGCAGCUUCAAUGCCAAGGCUACCCGCUGACAGCCAGCAGCGAAGGAAAACCCGAACCCGAGGGAGUAACCUCAGUACUAUCACUGAUGGAAGCCCAAUGAAACGCUCCACUUCCAUGCUUGGUCAUUCUCGGUCGAAAGGCAUCAGACUAAAUGAAUACUCAUUAGAGCGAGUCACCCCCGAUGAAGGCCCCCGCCACGGACACCAGCGCAGAAGAGAGCGUGGACAUCGGGUGUCUGAGCGCUCAUUAACUCGCUAUGUAGAUUUGGAAUCAGGUCUUGGUACAGAGCUCAGCACCACAACACAGUCAGGUGACCUGCCUUCAGAAGAACGAGGACGAACCCGAGACAGAAAGCAUCACCACCACCACCACCAUCACCACCACCACCAUCACCACCACCCUGGAUCAGAUAGAGAACGUCUAGAUUAUGGGAGACCAAGUUCUCGUUCACCAAGUAUGGGUCGAGAGGGUCGAGACUAUGCUCCACACAGACAGGGCAGUAGUUCAGUGGAUGGCAGCCCCGUGCCCUCAACCUCUGGGGCCAGCACACCCCGCAGAGGAAGGCGUCAGCUGCCCCAGCUUCCCCAAACCCCCAGGCCACGCAUUACCUACUCCCCUGUGGUUCGCCGACCUGCCAGCAUCUGCCCCUCACAGCAACAGCAGCAGCUGUCCCCCUGCAGAGUGACAACACCUCUCCCAAGAAGAUACCCUCAGAAUGACAGCCACGUGGGCAGCAACGAAAGACAAGCCACUCAUAACAGUUCUCCCCGAUCACAUCGUCAAACCAGGGGACACUGCUCUGAUGCCCCUCGCGCUGGAUGCAGGCACAGUGGUCCUUACCGGGAUUCCUCCUAUGAAGGACCCCACCCCUGUGACCAGCGCACCUCCAGGACUGCUGACCCCGGGGGGGCACUUCCCCUCUCGCCACAUGGGCGCAGGCUGCCCAACGGCUAUUCCCAUGGGACCCCGCGACCCACUAAGUCUCGUCACGAACGUUACAGUGAGAGUGAGGAGGACGACUGGUGCUAA